GCAUCUGAAAAAAGUCAGACCGUUGAAGCCAGCUUAAAAACCGCCAGAGCUUUUACUUAGUGGCAGCUUUGCUCUGAGGACCUUUGGUUUUAAAGCUCUCUGUUCUGAUGGGUGUGGAGACAGCUGUGCUGGAAGUGAAGCCGUCUGAGAUGGAAAAUUAAUUAUGUCUGUAUGAGGACAUGGGAGCAGGGUGAAGGAAUGAGAGGAGCGAAGCCGGACAGACAGAGCUUCAGACGCUAAGACGGACCAAGAAAACAACAACAUGGCCUCCAGCGCUCCUCCCCCCGGCGGCCUCACGGACCGGAGCGGCAGCUUCUUCAAGCUGAUCGACACGUUUGCGUUGGAGAUCGGAGAGCUGAAGAAGGAGAUGGUUCAGACAUGUCUGACUGUGGACAAGGAGCCCAUGGAGCUACAAGGGCUGGAUAGUGGCGUUUAUCUGCAGACCCCCCACUGCGGUGGCUCGGGAGGUGAAAGGGAUUCUGGGUACGACUCCCUGCGGAGGAGGAUGAGCGUUCUGGACAGGUUGACUCAGACUCACUCGGUGUGGCUGCUGCUGGCCGUUAGUGAAGAAGACACCAGCGACAUCCUGCUCAAACAACCUCCAGGGGUGUUUCUGGUCAGAAAGUCAGCAGUUCUGCAGAGGAAGGUUUUGUCUAUGCGUCUGCAGGGGGAUCAAUCAGAAACUCCCAUCAGCCACUUCCCUGUCCGAGAGAGCCAGUACACCUUUUCUCUGGAGGGAUCUGGGAUCAGCUUUGCAGACCUGUUUCGCCUCGUGGCCUUCUACUGCAUCAGCAGAGACAUCCUGCCCUUUACGCUCAAACUCCCAGAGGCCAUUGCAUCUGCCAAGACGCAGAAAGAGCUGGAGGAGGUGGCUCAGCUCGGACCAGGCUUCUGGGACUCGUCCCUGUGCUGCCAGCGUCGCUCCUCUCCUCGUCCCUCCCGUCCUCUGAGCCGGACCCUCAGCCCCCAGCGGACCACCAGGAACCGAGAGGUCGAGGGGUCACCGGGCCGACACAGCGCUCCUCACUGCGACAGCGCUCCUCCCACCCUCCGAUCGAACGCUCAGCCACCGUCCUUCUGCCUGGAGAGACAACACUCCAGCGGUCCUCUUUGCUUCGUUAACCCACUCUUCCUCCAGACCCACCACCACCAUCGCUACCGCCGUGAGGACAACCUGCUUUCGCCCGAUGUGGAGGAGUCAAAGCAAACAUUAACCGGUAACCAGAUCAAAGUCAACGGAAAGUCACGGCCACCUCCCCCUCGUCCCCCUCCUCCCCGCUCUAUGCCACGCCGGCGUCCUGCCCCGCCUCCACCCGGACCUCCGGUGCCCACUGCCAGACCCAAGAGCAUGCCUGAGGCGGCAGCUGCAUCCAAGCUCUAUUCCUCCACCAAGCGCCCAGCACCUGCUCGACCGCCAAUGGGUGCCAAGCACAGCAGCCCCCCCAAAACCGCUCCGAUCCCUGUGCCCUCGAACCCGCCGCCUCCAAGGCCCAAGAAGCCUGAGGCACACCGCUCCCACAUCGCUCUGGACGACGAGACCAUCGCCAAGGCCCUGUCUCAGGCCAAACUGCCGCCAUGCCAGCCUCCACCUGCCGCCCCUGAAGGGUCCAGUCCAGCCGAGAGGGGACACCAGCGGCUCAGCGACAUGAGCAUGUCCACCUCAUCCUCAGACUCACUGGAUUAUUCUCAGUCUCCUGGAUUCUCCCUUGGACUCGCCCCGAGCCCGUCACACCACCUGAACCACCACCAGGACCCAGUGGAGGACAGCAGCGAAGAGGACGAAGACGUGGAGGAAGAAGAGGAGGAGGACUAUGGCGUUGGGCUGGAGGCUGACCUGGAGAUGCGUCUCCGCCCCUCGUUUAAAGCUCGGCGGCGGCGGGUUGGUGUGAGCCUGAGCGGAGGAUCCUUCAUCCUCCCCAGAGCCCUGAAGGGACGCUUCCGGAAGGUGAGCGGGAUGCUGAGCUCGCUGAUGACGCCGGAGAGACGGGCCGUGAAGAGGAUCGCUGAGCUCUCCAGGGAUAAGAGCUCGUACUUCGGCUCCCUGGUUCAGGACUACAUCGGCUUUGUUCAGGAGAAUCGGAGCUGCCACACAUCAGGGAUGGACUUUCUGCAGACUCUCAGGCAGUUCAUGACGCAGACCAAGGCUUACCUGCGGCAAAGCUCCGAGCUCAACCCUCCGAUAGAGUCGCUGAUACCUGAGGACCAGAUCGACCAGGUGCUGGAGAAGGCCAUGCAUAAGUGUGUCCUAAAGCCUCUGAAGAGCGUCAUUGAGGUGGCUUUACAUGACUUCCAGGUGAGCAGUGGAGCUUGGCAGCAGCUCAGGGAGAACCUGGCCCUGGCUAAGACCAAGAGGCCUCAUGAGCUGGGGGUGGAUGGAGCAGUUCCCCCCGACUCUGUGGCUAUUGAGAAGAUCCGCCAGAAGUUCCUGACCAUGAGGAAGAUGUACUCGCCGGAGAAGAAGGUGACGCUGCUGCUGCGAGUGUGCAAGCUCAUCUACACCAUCAUGCAGGACAACUCGGGGAGGAUGUACGGUGCCGAUGACUUCCUGCCGAUGCUGACCUACGUGGUGGCUCAGUGUGACAUGCCUCAGCUGGACACGGACAUCCAGUACAUGAUGGAGCUGCUGGACCCGUCUCUGCUUCAAGGAGAAGGCGGCUACUACCUGACCAGCGCUUAUGGAGCCAUGUCCCUCAUCAAGAACUUCCAGGAGGAACAGGCGGCCCGAGUUCUGAGUUCUGAGGCCCGGAACACUUUGCACCAGUGGCACUUCAGGCGAACCGCCCAGCGUUCAGCGCCGACCGUGGACGACUUUCAGAACUAUCUCCGUGUCGCCCUGCAAGCCUUGGACUCAGGCUGCACGGCCAAAACCCUGGUGGUCCACCCGUACACCACCACAGAAGAGGUCUGCUCACUCUGCGCUUACAAGUUCAAGAUCCCUGACCCCGAGAACUACGCACUGUUUCUGGUCACUGAAGACACCAGCCAGCAGCUCGCCCCGGACACUCACCCUCAACGGAUCAAAUCAGAGCUCCACAGUCGGCCUCGUUCACAGAUCUUCCACUUUGUCUACAGGAGGGUUCCCAACCUGAACCUUUGUAUACCUGCCGUCAUGCAAAAUGGAAACUGCCUUGAGGUGGAAUAGCAGGGGGUGUAACAGCUCGUGUGGUUCUUCUGGUGCUUGUAGAUGUUUUAUUUUUCUGUAGAUAGAUUUGAGGAAUGGAAACCGAAGCUGUAUAUUGGCAAAUUGAUGCAAGAUAUAAAAUGCGUGCUUGAUUUGCAAAUGAUUAGUUGACUUGUGAUUUUAUAAGAAAUCACAACAUGGUAGGAGGGACUCUGGAAAGUGAUUGUGUUUCGCUCGAACACCUCAAGACUGACAAAAAAGGGUACAUUUGUUUGCAAGUAGGGUUUAGUCGUAUCAGUUUUAGUUAGGCCAGUAAUGAAGGAUUUUAGCAUGUGCAGUUGAAGGUGAGAAGUUUGGACAAGUUGGACAUUUAUACCAUCCUCAAAGUGGAUAUCAUGCAGUACAAUAUUGCGUUUUAUGUUACUAAUUUUGCCUUAACUGCUGUUUUCCAGGUGCCUUUCAAAGAAAUUGAACAUAAAAUGUGCUACUGAAAGCAGUCAUCCAGUGAUUAGUCAGCGUUCACCGAAAUGAAUUUUAAAUUUCAUGCAAAAACAUUAAUUUAAUAAGUAAACUGAACUAUUGUAAAAUGUAUGAUUGUUUUUUUUUUUUAUUGCUCUACAAUUGCUGGUCAAUUGUAGCUUGUAUUUCUGUGUAGAAAUAUUUUUAUAUUCAAAUGUUUUUCAACCCUAAAGUGACAAAGAUUUGCAUUCUGAUUUAAUAUUUCUAUACUGGACUCAAUACUGGACUUAUUUAUGCCAGAUAUUUUUCAAAAGUCAUUUUAAAUCAACACUGUUUCUAUUGUUUGUAAUGAUGAGCUCAAAACUGACUGUGGAAAUAUAAAAAAUACACUCUGAAACAGGCUA